AUGGAGGAAAAGAUCAUCCAAAGUGUCGCAGAACAUGGGAGCAACGAUUACAAAGCUUAUUUGGAAGAACAAAAGCAGAAAAAGCUUGUUGAGGAAGAAGAGGUGAAGAGUAAACAGCAGGAAGAGGAGAGUCGAUUAGUGAAAGAAAAGGUCGACAAGGAGAACGCGCUUUUUUUGAAGAAGAGGGAAAAGAACCAAAAGAAGCGGAUGAGGAAGAGAAAGGCCGUAGUGAAAAAGAGAGAAAUUCAGAAGGCGGAGAAAUUACAGAAGAAAAAGGAGAGAGACCAGAUCACUCAAAAAGUUGUGAGAGUCGAGAACAAGAAAGAAGAAGAGGCAUUAAAAACAGUCGAACAACAUAAUACAAACGACAAAGAACAAAAACUCACAGAAGAACAAAAGAACUCUGAUUGA